AUGGCGUCCCAGGUAGAACGUGAUGCCAAAAUCGUUGGCACAGCUGUUGCCGAAGUGCUUCCUCGCUCAGACAAGUACUGGUUUCAACAACCUCACCUCCUCCGCCUAAACUUGCUACUUCUUAUCCCGCUGCUUUCAAGUUCUGUUUCAGGAUAUGAUGGCUCUCUGAUGAACGGUCUCCAGUCUCUCCAUCAAUGGCGCGAAUACUUCAACCAUCCCGAAGGAGAGGUCCUUGGACUCGUCAAUGCCGCUCAGUCCAUCGGAUCCGUCCUCGCUCUCCCCUUUGUGGGCACUUUAUCCGACAAAUUCGGCCGAAAGCCCGUUCUCCUGAGUGGUAUCAUAAUGAUUUGUAUCGCUUCGGCGCUGCAAGCCGCGUCGGUAAACUACGCCAUGUUCGUCGUGUCACGGGUCGUUGUGGGAUUUGGUGGAAUGUUUGUCGUUCAGCCGAGUCCAAUGCUUAUUGCCGAGCUCGCAUACCCGACGCAUCGUGGAAAGUACACAUCCGCGUUCUGGACAUUGUACUACCUCGGUGCCAUCCUGGCCUCGUGGACCACCUUCGGCACCCAAGUCUAUGAAGGCGCAGUGUCCUGGAGGCUACCUUCUGCUCUUCAGGCUUGUUUCCCGUUGGUCCAGCUGGUCUUCUUCUGGUGGCUUCCAGAAUCACCCCGAUGGCUUGUAGCUCAAGAGCGAACUCAGGAAGCCUCGGCCAUUCUCACACAGUAUCAUGAUCCUUGCACCGAUGACAGUCCCUUGAUCAACCUGGAGCUUUCGGAAAUUGUCGAGACUAUCCAGAGGGAGAAGUCAGCCGAAACCACAGGAUGGUCCGCUCUGGUCAGCACCCCCGGGAACCGAAAGAGAACAUUUAUCGCGGUUUGCACCGGUCUGAUGGCACAGUGGAAUGGAAUCGGAGUAGUGUCAUAUUACCUGACGCUUGUUCUUGACACUGUGGGUAUCACCGACACAUUUGACCAGACCUUGAUUAAUGGUUUGCUUCAAAUUUUCAACUUUGGAGCCGCUCUGAGCGCAGCGUUCCUUGUCGACAGGCUUGGUCGCCGAGCACUAUUCCUGUGGUCUGGCGUAGGCAUGCUUGUCUCAUACAUUGUUUGGACAGCAUGCUCAGCUGUCAACUCUGACACAGGCAGUAAAUCGGCCGGUAUUGUCGUUGUUGUUUGCCUUUUUACCUACUUUUUUCACUAUGAUAUUGCGUGGACCCCUCUUCUCUUUGGUUACCCGACCGAGAUCUUCCCCUACUCGCUACGAUCCAAGGGCAUUGCUGUUGAGCUGUUCGCCAUCUACGGCUCAUUGAUCAUCGCCGCAUUCGCAAACCCAAUUGGUCUUGAGAACAUCGGUUGGAAGUACUAUAUCGUCUUUUGCGUUUUGCUGGUUAUAUUCUUCUUUAUUACGUAUUUCUUGUUCCCGGAGACAAAGGGGUAUAGUUUGGAAGAGAUUGCCUGCAUUUUUGACGGUGACCAGGCCGACAUUGUAGAGCAUGCUCCUCAGGAGACCUACAAACUUGGCAAGAGGUCUUCCGAGGGAGCGGCUCAUAUGGAACAGGUUUAG